UCGGAUUUCCUCAACGCUGCUGCCAACUACCGAAGAGGUCUAACCUAAAAUAUGGUAGGUUUAAAAGAAGGAUUAACUUGAUUGCGUUUUUGGCUAAUAAAGAAGCAUUAUGAACAAGAAAAAGAGUAACUUAGGAUAAAACUAAUUGAUGUAGUGUCAAUUGUUUGUGUGCUAAUGUUUAAAACUAAGUGAUGAGACAUUGUGUUGUGUUGCUAAUCUGACAAUCGAUUUAGUAGUGGGGGAACGCAAGUAGAUGGACUCCGUUUACUUAAUUUGCGGGUUCUCCUGUGCUAUAAAAAAAUAGAUAAAAAUGUUUUAUAUCGUUUUUUCCAUAACUUUUUACUUAUGUGUUAAUGUCGGGUGACGUUAAAUAAUCAUUUUCGGCAGUUCGCGUUUUAUUUGUGAAGUUGCUGGUUUAUUUCCAUACAUUUUUCAAAGCAGGUAAUAUCGCGAAAGUUGGUUUUCAUGAUGUGACAUGUUGAAUAUUAGUACACCUCUUAUCAAAAUUCAUCUCUGUGAAUUUAUGAACUUUUUAAAACAUAUACCUAAUGUAUUUUCUAUCAGAAUAAAAACAAUGGAAAGUGUUCUAUUUGGAAUAAUUUAAACUUGCGUCAAAAUGACGUCUAAGGAGAAGCAACUAAAUGGAAAUGGUUUAAAUAAAAGUAGUCCUGGAAGUUCCAAAAAUUCUCCUCUAAAAUGCAAUGAACACUACAAUCAAGUAAAAGAGGAAGCAUUUCAAUUUGAAGUACCACCAGAAGCACCAGUCUUUUAUCCAACAGAUGAUGAAUUUUCAGAUCCUUUGGCAUAUAUUGCUAAAAUAAGACCUAUUGCUGAAAAAACAGGGAUAUGUAAAAUCAAACCACCAGGGAGAUGGCAGCCACCAUUUGCUGUAGAUGUAGAUAAAUUGAGGUUUACGCCUAGAAUACAAAGACUCAAUGAACUUGAGGCAAAAACUCGAGUAAAACUUAAUUUCUUGGAUCAGAUAGCUAAAUUUUGGGAACUUCAGGGAUCUUCAUUGAAGAUUCCUAUGGUGGAGAGGAGAGUUUUGGAUUUAUAUACCUUACACAGAAUUGUACAACUUGAAGGUGGAUUUGAAGAGGCAACUAGAAAUAGAAAGUGGUCAAAAGUAUCUGCUCGCAUGGGUUAUCAGAUUGGUAAAAAUGUGGGCACUAUUUUAAAACAACAUUAUGAACGUCUUCUAUAUCCAUAUGAUGUUUUUAAAGAAGGAAAAACUGUUUCCAUAAAUAUCCAAGAUAAUGAUGAACUUUGUGAGAAAACAGAUAAAGACUACAAACCUCAUGGGAUUAUAAACCGUAUGGCAGUUAAACCUCCAUCAGAUAAAAAUGCAAGGCGAUCUAAGAGAUUUGAAAACAGUGACAAAGAAAAGACUGAAAUAGAACUUAAGAUAAAAGAGGAAAAAAUUGAAGAUUCUGAAAACGAUGAGAAAAGCAAAGAAUUAAAGAGACUACAAUUUUAUGGUGCAGGUCCCAAAAUGGCAGGCUAUGAUGAUAAAAAGGAUAUAAAAAUCCGCAAAAAUAUUAAAUACGACUUUGACCCUCUGGCAAAGUAUGUAUGCCACAACUGUAACCGUGGUGAUGCAGAAGAAUAUAUGUUAUUGUGUGACGGUUGCGACGAUAGUUACCAUACAUUUUGUCUUAUGCCUCCAUUAUCUGAAAUUCCCAAAGGCGAUUGGAGAUGUCCCAAAUGUGUUGCUGAAGAAGUUUCUAAACCUACUGAGGCUUUUGGUUUUGAACAAGCACAGAGAGAAUAUACUUUACAACAAUUUGGCGAAAUGGCAGAUCAGUUUAAGUGUGACUACUUCAACAUGCCAGUACAUAUGGUUCCCACAAGUACUGUUGAGCGUGAAUUUUGGCGGAUAGUGUCGUCUAUAGACGAGGAUGUUACUGUGGAAUAUGGGGCAGAUUUGCAUACAAUGGAUCACGGUUCUGGUUUUCCAACAAAGUCAUCAGCCAAUUUACUUCAAGGAGAUAAAGAAUAUGCCGAAUCUAGCUGGAAUUUAAACAAUUUGCCAGUUUUAGAAGGCUCCGUUUUAGGUUAUAUCAAUGCAGACAUAUCUGGAAUGAAAGUUCCUUGGAUGUAUGUUGGAAUGUGCUUCGCAACUUUUUGCUGGCAUAAUGAAGAUCACUGGAGUUAUUCCAUCAAUUAUCUUCAUUGGGGCGAGGCAAAGACUUGGUAUGGGGUUCCAGGAAGUAAAGCAGAAUCUUUUGAAGAAACUAUGAAGUCUGCUGCCCCUGAACUUUUUCACUCUCAACCUGAUUUGCUUCAUCAGUUGGUUACCAUUAUGAACCCAAAUAUACUAAUGAACGCUGGUGUACCCGUAUAUCGAACUGAUCAACAUGCUGGGGAAUUUGUGGUCACAUUUCCUAGAGCCUAUCAUGCCGGAUUUAAUCAAGGCUACAAUUUCGCUGAGGCCGUAAAUUUUGCACCGGCCGAUUGGUUGAGAAUGGGGCGGGAGUGUGUGUUACAUUAUUCACAUUUACGAAGGUUUUGCGUCUUUUCUCAUGAUGAAUUGGUAUGUAAGAUGGCGCUGGACAAUGAUAAACUUGAUCUCACGAUCGCAGCUGCGACAUAUCAGGACAUGCUUGUCAUGGUCGACACAGAAAAGAAGCUUCGUAAAACUCUUUUAGAUUGGGGGGUUACCAAUGCGGAGAGGGAGGCAUUCGAAUUACUCCCUGACGACGAGAGACAAUGCGAGGUAUGUAAAACUACAUGUUUCUUAUCGGCCAUGACUUGCUCUUGUUCAACGACUACCUUGGUUUGUUUACGACACUAUAAGAAUCUUUGCGAAUGUCCGCCGACUAACAGAACUCUCAGAUAUCGCUACACCCUCGACGAAUUACCCGUAAUGUUGAAAGCGUUGAAACUGAAAGCUGAAUCAUUUGAUCAUUGGGUAGCUAAAGUGAAAGACGCACUCGAUCCAAAUACUCCCAAAACCCUCAAUUUAAUUGAUUUAAAAGCGCUAUUGAAUGAAGCAGACGGGAAGAAGUUUCCCAAAUGCGAAUUACUGCAGACACUCACGAGUGCCGUAAUAGAUGCCGAAAAAUGCGCUAGCGUUAUUCAUCAAUUAGAUUUAAACAAAAUGCGUACGAGGACUAGGAAUUCGAACGAGGCCAAGUACAAACUUACUGUCGAAGAGUUGACAUUGUUUUGCGAAGAAAUCGAUAGUUUAGCGUGCGUGUUAGAAGAGGCCAAAAGCAUCAGGGUUUUGUUAGAACAGACGCAAAAGUUCGAAUCUAAAAGCGAGCAACUACUAAUGCAGUCGUUAAGAGAGAAUUCUCUAAUGGACUUGGAGGAGUGUCAAGUCCACGGUAACGGACUCUGCAUCGAACUUCCGGCGUUGAAAUUGAUUAACAUCAGAAUUAGACAAGUCCAAUGGAUGAAGGAUUUAGAGAACUAUAAGAAUAAAACUGACAUAAUGGGAUUGGAUGCUAUCAAAAAUCAGAUUCAAGAAGGAUGCUCUAUGCCGCCACAUCCGGAAAUGGAAGAGGAAUUAUCGAAUCUUCAAUUGGUAUUGCAACAAAGCCAAGAGUGGGAGGAAAAAGUUGCGGAGGUGAUGAAAUCUUCAGAUGCAGGGGUACUGAUACAAGUCGAUAGAUUAAUUAAAGACGCGUCGAAAAUCUCCUGCCAUUUGCCUUCUGAAGGAAUACUAUAUGACGCAAUGAAAAAGGGAAGAGAUUGGUUAAGGCAAUUAGAAGAAAUGAACUCUGCCGAAUACUACCCAUAUUAUAGCGCGAUGGAGGAAUUAAUCAAAAAAGGUCGGCAAUUGACCCUUCAUUUGGUUGAAGUAGAUAGAAUGAACGAUUAUUUGAUACUCGCUAAUAGUUGGAAAGAAAAAACCAGUCGCGCGUUUUUAAGAAAGAACUCGGCCUGUACUCUGAUGGAAGCGUUAUCGCCGAGAACAGUUUUGCCGAAUAGUAUCAAAAAUACUAAAAAAGGCAAGAAUAUCGAUGAGGAUAUCAAAUCUAUUGCUUUGACUAAUACCAUGGAUCCAGCCACGGUGGUGGCUUUGUUUAAAGAAGCUGAAGAAUCAGAAAUGUCGAUGAUUAGAAAGUUGCGAAUUGUAAACAGGUUAAAAACUUUGGAUCCCAAUGAUGCUGGUACUACCUACUGCAUUUGCGGCAGAGGUGUUUUUGGGAUAAUGAUGAAGUGCGAACUUUGCCAAGACUGGUUUCACUCUUCCUGCACUCAACUUCCUAAAGUCGCUUCUACCAAGUUUAAAGGCAGCUUCGUUAGUAUCGCCAUAAGUAUCGCUUUUAAGGAUUGCAAAUAUCUUUGCCCAAAUUGCCAAAGAACCAAAAGGCCCCGCCUAGAUAUAAUUUUAAGCCUGCUGAUGUCCUUGCAAAAACUUUAUGUCCGAGUACCGGAAGGCGAAGCUUUGCAAUGUCUAACUGAAAGGGCCAUGAAUUGGCAAGAUCGGGCUCGGCAACUGCUUCAAAAUCCUGAGCUUGAAAGAGCAAAAUUAAGAUUAAUAUCUCUUAGCCAAAAAUGCACCGAAGCAGCGGCCAAACAGAGAACGGAAAAAAUAAUUUCCACUGAAUUAAAACGCGCUUCGAAAAACCCGGAGUUACACCAAAGAGUACAAGAAAUCACCCCAUUUAGUGGGGUAGUCGAAGAUGGCGUGACUUGCGACAGCGGAAUUAACGAUUCAGAUGAUGGUUCCCGCGAAUCUUCAAGAGAUUCGGAUGAUAGGAUGGGUGAACACGCCUACAGCCUUCAUCUUCCCAAAACUGACGAAGACAACGUCCUGCGAAUUCAUCCGGACAUUAAGAAACAAAUGGAGGACCUUCUCAUGGAAGGUGACCUACUUGAAGUGUAUUUGGACGAAACUUACGCUCUGUGGAAGUUGAUGUUAGCUUCCAGGGAGGAACGCGAAAUUAUGUUAAUCGAUUUCGACUCGCAUUUGAAACCGGCUCCAAAAAAGAGGGGCCGGAAACGUAUAUCCGAAGAACUUGUCGAUUCGACUAAAAAAACGGUCAAAUCGUUGAAAUUGGAGGGCGAGAAAAAAAUGCGAGGGCGUAAACAACAAAAUAACAAGGACGGUUUACAAAAGAAACAAAGGAAACGUAGAGGGCGACGAUGUCAAUCUACCGCUUCGAAUAGUAGCGAUAGCGAGGAUGAGGAUUGCGCAGCCAACGGUUGUUUGAAACCAACAGGUCAGAACGUAGACUGGGUUCAAUGCGAUGGCGGUUGCGAACAAUGGUUUCAUAUGGCGUGCGUUGGUUUAUCUGUCGAAGAUAUCAAUGAAGACGAAGAUUAUAUAUGUAUGGCAUGUUCGCGUACGACAACAUUCGAAAGUGUCGAGACCCCAGACGAGAGCAGGUCCAGUAGUCCCCGAUCACCCGAUUCGACUCAGCCUUCCACUUCGAAAGAUAUUUCUUAGUGACAGACAGAUCAAUAGACCGGUCGUUAGGGAAAAGAGUACCGAGUUUUGUGAUAAAAACAGCACCCGGAUGCCGAUCGUGCCACCACAAGAAAGAAAAAAAAAGUUAGUUGCGAAUGGGAGGAUUUAUAAUGAACUAUAACUGGACUAUUUUUCUUGCGGUGUCGCAGUCGAUAUCCAAAUAGUAUUUUUGUCACAGAAAAAUCCCUAUUUACUGGCUUAGGUAUAACCGUUGCAAUCCCACGGUAGUGUUUUAAUGAACAUCUAUCUCUAAUUGGUAUUUUAUUCGUAUUUGAAAUGUUUCAGUGGUUAGACAAGCUCCAAGUGUUUCACCCUUGGUAUGUGUUCUUACAAACUUGUUUCAGUUGUGAUAAUUAUAAUUUUAGUGUAAAAUAUUGUGUAUCACCCCCACAUAAACUGCUGUGAAUAUGUUCUUAUUUAUUCAUUAUGUGAAAUACAUUUAUAUUUCAUUGGGUCAGCUUUUCGCCGAAGCCAACAAGGCGACUUAUACUUUUUAUUCUUGAGAAUCCCGUUUUAAUUUAUCUGUUAUAAUUCUUUAUUUGCCGCCAAUGUAUUAAUGUGUAAACCUACUUUUUAUAUCUACAAAAUUUUAUUUGUAUAUUGUGACUUUUUACCAUUUACGGCAGUUUAUGUUGUACAAAUAUUGCAUCAAUAUAUUCAUUCAUUCAUUUUGUAUAUAUAUUUACCUUGGAUGAAAAUAGUCAAUGAGUUUACUUGGGAAGUUUAAAAACACCCAUACCUAUAUAUCAUCCAACAUGAACGUAAGAAGGGUCCCUCACUGUGUUGGUUAGUUUUCCACUCAUUUUGUUUAAUGGAUUGACACUCUCUCCCACUCAGAAAAAGUAACCCAAAACUGAUACGGUGCAUCCUUUAGUGGCGCAUUAAUUUAUUGGUUAAGCCUUAGGUUCGACGCCUAGGGGUCCCAGUCAGUGACCCUGUCUUGUUAAUAUGGGAGAUUUUACCUUCCUAAGUAAUUCUUUCGCUAUAGACUUAAUGCUUUAUUUGAGUAACUCUUUAAUUAUGUUAUUAUGUUAAUGAGUUUCAAUUGAAUUUGACGUCAUUCAUUAAGUUGCAGAAACUAAAAAAAAAUUAUGAAACUAACAAAAUUUCGAGGCUUCCCAGAUCUCCACCACAACUACUUUCUUUCGUCAACAGGGUCGUUUUUUAUAUUGUGCCACCUGCACGGAUUCAUUAAGUUAAAUUUUCAAGAUCUUUUUCACUGAUUUCAAAUAUAUACCUAUCUACAUAAGGGUUGUUGAUGGUAAAUUUGGCAUGUAGGUGGGUAUAAAUGACCAUAUAAAUAUUCAUUACCGACCAAAUGCAUCUACAAUUAUCUUUCUCUUUGCGCUUCGACCUUUUUUGGAUGGAACAGUUUAAACAUAUAUCUUUUUUUAUAUACAUGUCUAAAAAUAUUUGACAUUAUUAAAUGGACACCUAUUUUUUAAGCUUUGCCCACACAAACAUCGCUUCCUAUUAUAAUAUAGUUGCUCAAUAAAGCAGUCUUGCGUUUAGUUCUCUAGGGUACACAUAUUUUUUCCUUGUAGAAGUAGUACAUUAUAAUACAAUAUAAUCGGGCCUAAUCUAUAAAUUUCAUAGCUUAUUGCUGAGAAAAUAAUAGAAAAAAAUGCAAAUUCUUUCACAUCUUUUUAUUUAUGCUGCCAUAACGUCCUUUCGCUGUUUUCCGCAUAAUAAAUAUUACUACGAUAUCUCAGGUGUAUUUAUCCAAUUGUGAUACGGUUAAUAAUUGCUAAAUCAAGUAGCCCAGAGUUGAAAUGCACAAUAAAAUUUAAUUACCUAUCGAUCUGGGCGUCAGAAGUAAUCGAUAAUGUUCCGGUAAUUGGGAUUAUCACCCGAGAUAGGUAGAAUAAAAAAAACAAGUUGUUUUUUAUCUCUUCUUCCACGGUAAUAUUGAUCGAUUAUCUUCCUUCUAGUUCUCCUCAUUGAUAGAUUUCUAUAUAGCGCUUCCUCCCAUAGUUGCUUACACUACAAUAAAUAGGGUAUAUUUUAUAUGUUGUAUAAUAAAUGCGCAGCAACCCUAAAAAAAUGUGAAUUAUUGCACCGAAAUUUCCAUUUAUGGGAUGCCGUUGUGGUAGUAUUGAUUGAAUCGAGUUUCAAGUUACAAUGAGUUUUCAGAUCACCACUGCAACCCAUAAUAUAUCAGAUUAAUAUGUGUGACAAAUAAGAAUAAAUGCUCUUAUGCUCUAAAAAUUAUGUGAAUUAUGUGGUUCCGUUUUUUGAAACUAAUAAUAAUUGUGAAAUUUACGCUCUAACUUUUUACGAUUACUUAUACCAUCGGGGUUUGCCAUGAAAUUUAUAACUUAGGACGCCAACCUAAAAUUUAAAUUAAUCAGUUAAAGAUGUACUUUUAUGUCUUUAUUGGUGGUUCACUUUUUUCUUGUAUAGGUACUUAUUUUAUAGAAAUCUUUUACAUUCAUCAAGAUAGUAAUUUGGCGACUUUUGCCUGCGAGUAAUUUUUUAGACCUCUUAUUUUGUUAUUGAUUUUUGUGGUAUAUUGCGGUUCCGCUGAGUAAUCUCUACUUUUAAACAAAUGAUGAGCGUAAAUGAUUUGUAAUAAUCGUGGUAUGUAUAAGUACCAGUUAUUUUGAUAUACCUAUUAUUGUUUCAGCUGUAUAUAGAUAGUCUUUAUGAGGUUAAUAAAAAUAAUUUUGCAGUA